AUGUCACUCCGGACCCAUUUGGCUCUUCGACACGGCAACCCUGGACGUCCUGGAUCUCAACACUCUCAGACAUUGCCCCGAUCAAAUCUAGCGCAGCCACAGAAGCAAGACCCCAUCUCGCCGGCUCAGUCUGCUUCUUCUAUUCCUCCUACUACAUACCCGCCAUCCCACUCUUUAGGCAACGGUGCCCUGCACCAUCAUAAUCCUUACGGCCCACCACCAGAAUCGCCCUACUACACCACCCAUCCUCCAUAUUCGACGAUCCCAGCGUCGGCACAUUACCCUUCUAGUGGGCCGCCUGACCUCAUGGCAUCUACCGCUCAAAUGCAGAGGCCAUAUCCUCCUAUUUAUCAUACCCCUCAAUCAAGCUCACCGGCCUCGGUAGCUUCUCAGCCACACGACCAACAUGGCCGCAACCUGUAUGCACAGUCGCCACAGAUGCCACCCCAGAUGUACGCCUAUUCUCCAUAUUCGUCUAUCAAUCCAGUUCAGCCGUCACCAUAUGCGGCUCAUCCUUCUCCUCAGCAGCAUCCUCUUUCAACACAGCCGUUGAUGAUGCCGCAUCAGAAGGCCCCAUCUCAACUGCCACCCCAUCAACCCGCUCACAUCCCUACGACUGGCAUGUCUAACAGUCCUAUCAUGAAACUCGAUUCCUCCCAGCAUUCUAAUCCUCCCCAACAAUCAAUGCUAAAUCCCCCUCUUACGGCAACCAGCAGCCAUGCAGUCUCCGCCAGUAACCCACAUGCAAGCCCACCACUGGGUGGCACUACCUCUAGCGCAGCUCCUGGCCCCAUUCCAGCAACGACUCCGCUAGUUGUGCGACAAGAUAGCAAUGGUGUGCAGUGGAUCGCCUUCGAAUACUCCCGAGACCGGGUGAAGAUGGAAUAUACGAUUCGUUGUGACGUGGAAUCAGUCAUCGUGGACACCCUGACGCAAGACUUCAAGACGGAGAACUGCGUGUACCCGCGCGCCUGUUGCAGUAAGGACCAGUACCGCGGGAACCGGCUGGUUUACGAGACAGAAUGUAACGCCGUCGGCUGGGCGCUGGCUGAGCUGAAUCCCGCACUGAGAGGAAAGCGAGGAUUAAUCCAACGUGCUGUCGAUAGCUGGCGCAACAGCAAUCAGGAUCCAAGACUACGCAGCAGACGGGUUCGCCGCCAGGCGAAGAUGAAUCGAAGACAGUCGGUUCCUGCCCAAUCUCACAUGCCGCCACAGGGCCCGACUAGCCAAAGCGGUCUUCCUGGCCCAGGCAUGAGUGCUAUGUCGGCUCCUCCUGCUCCCCGGCCGAGUCUGGGUCCCAUAUCGAUGGGACCACCACAGAUGCAUCAUCAUCACCAACCUGAAGGCAGCCCUAAUGAGGAAGUCAGCGGCACAGACUACGGCACUCACCGGUCCGUGGACACACGUCUCCCACAGCCAGCUGACCUCCGUCCCGCUCACAUUUUCCACGAUACCCCAACAGCCCUAACUCCCGGCAGCGGCGGGCCUUCCAUGCCCCCACUGCUCCGGGACAACAGCCUCUCUUCACUAGGCCGACAUCCCACAAUCGCCACCUCCGCACGCAUGGAUUCAACCGACCAUGACAUUGACGAGCAAGGCCCCACAAAUGAGGACCUCUUCAGUCAUCUGCCAGACGGCAAACGACGCAAAUUCAUCCUAGUCGACGACCCACAGCGUGGCUGCCGCGUGCGCGUCAAGGUCGUCCUGGACAAGGUCAACAUGGACGAGAUCCCAGACUCCUACCGCGAGUCCAACGCAGUCUAUCCGCGCACCUACUUCCCUAUCCAGAUGCGCGAUGAGAAUCGCGUCGUCCCUGCUAGGCGUUUCUUCCGCGACGACGCAGAGCAAGGGGAUGAUCCCGAAGCAUUGACCAUCGGACGCACGACGGUGCCUGCGCCCUCGCUCGAUGCAGAUGCCGAGAUCGAGGUGCCCAAGCUCACUCGCAGAAAACACCGUAAGGAUUUGCUGCUGAAUGAUCUCGGGUACCGGAUGAGCUGGAGUCAAAGCCGUGUGUUUGCGGGGAGGAUGCUAUUUUUGCAACGGUCGCUGGAUGCCUACCGCGAUAAAAUGCGAAGCAGCAUGCUCGCUGAGGGCCAGGAAGCUGCUGAGAUCCCAGACCAUUUUGAUACUCGUCGUGGCAAGCGACGCUUUCUGGAGCGCGGAACUCGCCUGGAGUCUAAAGGUAAAACAGCUGCGCAGCGGAGUGCGGAGGACGUGGAAGGCUAG